GAUAAAUUCGAAAUCCUUUGACGUGUCGUUAACCAGGAACCGAACAAGAAACAAUAUCGAGUUAUAGUAAUCUGGCUUGGUAUAGACUAGUUCUAUUCUCAAAUUCAAGAAUAUCUAGUCAGUAUUCCUGUCUAGUAGCGUUACCGCACAAUAUCAAAAUCCUAGCCUAUCAUGGACGAUCAAUUCAACGGCCGCACCGAUGACGAUUUGUUUGCUGACGACUUCGAACCCGUCGAGGCCCAACAAGACGCUUCAGCAACAAUAAGCGGCAAAGAGGCGCGACCAGUAGCUAAGAAUGAGUCGCAUCCCGUGGGUUCUGCGGGACCUCCUGCCUCGGCCGUUCAGUCUGCUCCUGCCCAACAUGCGCCCCGAUCUCUAGACCAGUCGCGACAUGCGAACACAAAGCCAGCCCCAUCAUCGUCGUCGCCACACCACCACCAGCGCCCGCGCAAACACUCCCCAAAGCCAGCAGCCGCAGCCGCAGUAGCAACCCCUCCCGAGUCCCCUCAUGAUUCUCCGCACAAGCCCGCCAGCAUCAGCGGGGGCGGCGACAGCACCUCGAACCCCAACCCCAGCCCCCUCAAUAGUAACAACGGCAACAACAACGGUGCCGGCAAGAAAGGGCAGUCGACGUCGCCGGCGAAGCCCGGGCAGAACACGGCGCUCGCGGACCGACUGGCGUCGGGCGCGAACCCGCGCACGAAGCUGACGGACUCGGAGCUGGCGGCCAAGAUGGAGCAGAUGCGGUUGCUGGCCGCGGAGAAGACGCGCCGGUUCGAGCAGGCGGAGCGCGACAGCCGCUCGCACGCGGUCGCGUACGAGAAGGGCAUGGAGGAGGCGCGCAAGCGGCGCGCGGAGGACGUCGAGCGCCGUCGCAAGGGCGCGGAGGAGCGCCGCCGCAUGGACGAGGAGCGCGCCGCGAACCGUGAGCGCAAGCUCAAGGCCAUGGGCGCCAAGGAGGGCGGCAGCUGGGACGAGGGCAAGACCCUCGAGGAGGAGAGGGAGCGACGCGCCGGAUUCCGCAGCGCAAACGGCGGCAUACGUGGUGCGCGUAACACCGGUGGGAUCGCUGGGAGCAGGUUUGCCGAGAGGGAUGGCGAUGCGGUGCCUAGGGAAUUUGGGUUCGACGAUUUUAGAGGGCGGGGACGCGGCGGACGCGGGAGAGGAGGCUCGAGGGGUGGUGGGAGAGGUGGUAGAGGCGGAUUCAAUAAUGAGGGUAGACCGUCAACGACGCAAAACGGCAACGCGCCCCAGCAACAGAAGGCAGCUCAGGCUCCUCCCGCCGUAGAGGACUUCCCAGCUCUACCCACGCCCAAGAAGCUGGACACUACGACCAAAGCAGCGGACACGUCCGCCCUAUCGCCGAGCUUGAACUCGCCGCCUAUCGGGAAAUGGGAUGACGAAAUGGCGGCGCUUGAUGACAAAGCGUAGAGUUAGUUACAAAGGUGUUCUGAUCUUGAUACGGCGCUGCGUGGCGUGCAUGACAUUGCUAUUACGGGCUUAGGAUGGGAAUUUGUACUGUUAUUGUAAGGUAUCGGGGAUGAAUUGCACAGAGACGGACGCAUCACCAUUAUUACAGGCUCAGGCGACGCACACGCCCUCGCUAAAGCAUAUACGAGCAUUAGAGAUACCAAAAGAGCGUUGAAAUGAGAAAAAAG